AUGGCUUCCGCCGCGCACUGUAUCGCGUGCUUUGAGGUUUUGGACGCCCAAUUGAACAAGCGCAAGCCGCUCUCCCUGGAGGACAUCGAGGCAUCCUGGGAGAACUACUCCAAAUCCAAGCCGGUCGCUCCGAAGCUUCCAGCUCUCGCCCGACUAGCUGCACCCAGCGACUCUUCUCUACCCGCCUCCUCGGCGUCGUCCGUUUCCUCGUCGUCGACACCCAACGGCGGAGAUUCCGCUUCCACACCUGCAACAUCAACAUCGUCCCUCUCCUUCGCUUCGGUCGCUCGCGUCACCGCUUCAACAUCCACUCCACUGUUUGUCACAUGGAACACUUUUGACAAUGAUGACGAUGACGACGAUGAGACGAGCCUCCGUGGCUGCAUCGGCACUUUUGAGCCUCUCCCACUCUCCUCUGGCCUCCCCGAGUAUGCCAUCAUUGCGGCUUUGCACGACACCCGGUUCUCACCCAUAUCUCGCCGCGAGCUUUCUUCUCUCCAGGUAGCUGUGACCCUCCUGACCGACUUUGAGGAGGUCGAUGAUCCAUAUGACUGGGUCGUGGGCACUCACGGCAUCCGCCUGUCCUUCCACGACCGCAGCCGUCGCUAUGGCUCCACCUACCUCCCAGAUGUUGCGUCGGAGCAGGGCUGGACAAAGGAAGAGGCCCUCUUCAGUCUCACCCGGAAGGCCGGCUGGAUGGGCAGCCAUUCGCGUUGGCAGGAGCUUGAUCUCAAGGUCACGCGAUACCAGGGCAAGAAGCAUGAGCUGGCGUACAAGGACUUCAAGAAGUGGCAGGAGUGGGUCGAGAGUGCCAAGUCGUGA